AUGCUUACUAUUAGUCAAAAAAAUCUUUCAAAAGAAAGCAUUGUCUCUGAGGAGCUGAAGAAAAAAUAUCCAGAUGAGAAAGAUGUAGAGUUCAAGGCAAGUCAAGGAUGGUUCAUGAGAUUUAAGGAGCAAAGAUGUUAUCAUUCCAUUAAGAAACAAGGUGAAAUUGCAUCAGUUGACGAACAAGCAGCAGCAAAAUUUCCUAAUGCAUUAAAGAAAAUCAUUGAAGAAAACGGGUUUCUUCUCGCAAAGAUUUUUAAUGGAAACAAAACUGGAUUGUAUUGUAAAAAAUUGCCAGACCAUUCAUUGAUUUCCAAGGAGAAGAAAACUAUUCCAGGCUACAAGGUCUCAAAGGAACAUCCCCAUUAUGUUGGGAGAUGGCUAAUUCAAAAGCAUGGGUUACUGGUAUUGUUUUCAAAGAUUGGUUCUUCAAUUAUUUUAUCUCAGCAGCAAUUACUUAUCUUAGAUAAUGCUCCUGGCCACCCACAAAACAUUGUGAAUUUUGACCCCAACAUUACUGUCAUAAACCUCCCUCCAAACACCAUGUCUCUUCUGCAGCCAAUGGAUCAGGGAAUAAUUGCUAUCUUCAAGCAUUACUAUAUGAAAUGUAUGCUGCAGCAAGCAAUAGCUGCAACUGAUCUUAAUGAGUCCAUCACACUUUGUGACUUUUGGAACAGAUAUAUCUACAAGGCUGUACAGAACAUAGCAGCAGCAUGGAACGAUAUACAGAGCAUGGCUAAGAAUGGUGUAUGGAAGAAGCUAUAUCCACAAUUUGUGAAUGAUUUUAAUGGGUUUGAUGAUGUUGCCAUCAACAAAAUGUUGGUGACUAUAAGCAAAGAACUGGAAAUGGAUUUGGAGGAGGAGGAUUUCAGAUUUAUUUGUAAAAGACAAGCAGCCCCUGAUGAACGAGGAUUUGAUAGAGCUUCAUGA